AUGCACGCCUCACUGUUCAUCCUCGGUCUCCUCGCCAGUCUCACCUCCGCAGUGCCGACUCCCGAAACCCAAACCACAUGCCUGACCGAGUUCCAAGCCUGCAGAGUCAAUGCCCCACUAGGUGAUCCCCACCAGUGCUGUGUCAGCAACAUGAUCUGCCAGCCCAACGGAAACCAGCGAAAUAGCACCAUGGGUGUCUGUAUCAAGGAGGAUGAUGUUGGCAAGCUUCCUCAGUAG